AUGACAACAUCAAUAGAUCCAAGUGUAGAUGAAUUAUUAUUAUUACAAGAAAAUCAAUAUCCUAUGCCAAAUUUUGUUUUUGCAAAUCUUAAACCGAUUGGAGCAGAACGUAAGAUUGGACAACCCUCACAUGCAUCAACUCAAUCUAUAUCUCAAACAAAAUCAUCACUAUUAUCAUUACAACAAAUGAAUAUGGAUUUUAUUUCAAGAGAUAUAGAUGAAAAUAACAAUGCUUUUGAGAUCCCAUCAUUUAAUUCAUCUAUUAAACCAUCAACAAUGUCUAUAUUUGAUAAUUUUCAUUUAUCUUCAAUUGAUGAAUCAAUAAUUCAUGAAACAAAUAAUAAUUUGGAAAUCUUAACUUAUCAUCCAUUACAUAAUCAUUCAUUAAGUUCAACAUCAUCAACAAAUGAUAAUUCAUCAAUACAUUUACUCAACAAUUAUAAUUAUCAACGGUCAAUAUCAUCAUCAUCAUCAUCAUCGAUUGUCCAACAAAAACUUAAUCAAUCAAUUGCAAGUCAAAUACAAACAGAAAAAACAAUACCAUCAUUUCGUGUUCCACAAACUUAUCCAUCUAAUCAAUUCUUUAUUCCAAAUUCAUGUCUACCAUAUUCUAGGAAUUCAUUUAUUAAUGUAUAUCAAAAACCACGACCUGUAUUCAGUACUCCAUUUCAAUGUACACGAGAACGUUUUCAAGUUAAUUCAAUAGGUCGUCCGAUAUUACGUGCUAAUAAUUAUAUACGUUUAUCACAAGCAACUGGUUUUAAAGUUCGACGAUAA